CGGGGCGGGACGCCGCGCGCAGCCUGAUGACGCCAUCGCGGCUCCCCGUGUCCGAAUGGCGGCCUGCGGCUCUCAGGGCCUCGCGGUGGUUUUCUAAGACGGCCGGUGUAGACUCUCCCCGGGAGGCUGCCAUGGCAUUUCCACAUUUCCAGCAGCCCAGCCUCCUGGCUAAUCUGAAAGCCGACUCUCUAAAUAAGCCCUUUGCACAGCGGUGCCAAGACUUGGUUAAAGUCAUCGAGGAUUUUCCAGCAAAGGACCUGCACGCCGUCUUCCCCUGGCUGGUGGAGAGCGUCUUCGGCAGCCUGGAUGGCGUCCUCGUCGGCUGGAACCUUCGCUGCCUGCAGGGUCGGGUGAACCCCGUGGAAUUCAGCAUCGCGAUGGAGUUUCUCGACCCUGGGGGCCCGAUGAUGAAGUUGGUUUAUAAACUUCAAGCGGAAGACUAUAGGUUCGACUUCCCGGUGUCCUACCUGCCGGGCCCCGUGAAGGCGUCCAUCCAGGAGCGCGUGCUCCCCGACAGCCCUCUGUACCACAACAAGCUGCAGUUCCCCCCGCCCGGGGGCCUGGGCCUCCACCUGUCCCUCAAUCCCUUCGAGUACUACAUUUUCUUCUUUGCCUUGAGCCUCAUCACUCAAAAGCCGCUACCCGGGCCCCUCCCCGUGCGCACGUCGGACUGCGCCUACUUCAUCCUGGUUGACCGAUACCUGUCGUGGUUCCUGCCCACGGAGGGCAGCGUGCUCCCCCCGCUCGCCUCCAGCCCUGGGGGGGCCAGCCCCUCGCCGGCUCCCAGGACGGCAGCCGUGCCCUUCGCCCCCUACGGCCUGCACCACACCAGCCUCCUGAAGCGGCACCUGGCACACCAGACGCCCGUGAACGCGGACCCCGCCUCCCACGAGAUCUGGAGGUCCGAGACCCUGCUGCAGGUUUUCGUUGAGAUGUGGCUUCACCACUACUCGCUGGAGAUGUACCAGAAGCUGCAGUCCCCGCACGCCAAGCUGGAGGUCCUGCACUACCGCCUCAGCGUCUCCAGCGCCCUCCACAGCCCUGUGCCCCCCAGCUGCCAGGCCCUCCACGCCUACCAAGAGCCGUUCGCGCCCAGCGAGGAGCACGUGCUGGUGGUGCGGCUGCUGCUGAAGCGCCUGCACGCCUUCUCCGGCAGCCUGCGGCCCGAGCCCCACGCCCACGCCGCCAGCCCCCUGGAGGAGUUCAAGCGGGCCGCCAUUCCCCGGUUUGUCCAGCAGAAGCUCUACCUCUUCCUGCAGCACUGCUUCGGCCACUGGCCCCUGGACGCAUCCUUCCGAGCUGUCCUGGAGAUGUGGCUGAGCUACCUGCAGCCCUGGAGGUAUGCGCCUGAAAAGCAGGCCCCGGGCCCCGACGCCCAGCCCCGGGCCGUGGCGGAGAAGUGGGCGCCCUUCGUGCAGGGGAACCUGCUGGUGUACACCAAGCUCUUCGUGAGCUUCCUGAACCGCGCGCUGCGCACCGACCUCGUCAGCCCCAAGAACGCGCUCAUGGUCUUCCGCGUGGCCAAGGUCUUUGCCCAGCCCCACCUGGCCGAGAUGAUCCAGAAAGGGGAGCGUCUGUUCCUGGAGCCGGAGCUCGUCCUCCCCCACCGGCAGCACCGCACGCUCGCGGCCCCCUCGUUCUCCGGGGGCCUCCUGUCGUCCUGGCCGCCGGCCGCCACCGACGCCUCGUUCAAGGUGAAGAGCCACGUGUACGGCCUGGAGGGUCAGGACUGCAAGUACACCCCGCUGUUCGGGCCCGAGGCCCGCACCCUGGUCCUGCGCCUGGCGCAGCUCAUCGCCCGGGCCCAGCAGACCGCCAAGGCUGUCUCCGACCAGGCGGGGGAGAGCACGGCCGGCCGCUCCCUCCUGUCGUGGCUGCGCCUCGGCCCCACAGACCCCAACGGCUCCGGCUCAGCCACUGACCUGGACGAGGGCGGCCAGGACAGCGUGCGCAAGACGGACGAGCACCUGGAGAAGGCCCUGGAGUACCUGUGCCAGAUCUUCCGGCUCAGCGAGGCCCAGCUCGCCCAGCUCACGCUCGCGCUGGGGACGACUCAGGACGAGAACGGCAAGAAGCAGCUCCCGGACUGCGUCGUGGGUGAGGCCGGGCUCGUCCUCACCCCGCUGGGCCGGUACCAGAUCAUCAACGGCCUGCGGAGGUUUGAGAUCGAGUACCAGGGCGAUGCGGAGCUGCAGCCCAUCCGCAGCCACGAGAUCGCCGGCCUGGUGCGCGCCCUCUUCCGGCUGUCAUCCGCCAUCAACCGCCGGUUCGCAGGCCAGAUGGCCACCCUGUGCGCCCGCGCCGACUUCCUGGGCAGCUUCUCCCGCUACCACCUCCUGGAGCCCGCGCAGGCCGGCUGGCACCCGCGGAGCCCUGUGGGGCCCGGCCGAGCCGCCCUCCGGGCCCGGGGCCCCCGGCUCAGCCUGCGCCUCCUGGGCAGCUACCACACGCUGCUCUCGCUGCUGCUGGCCUUCUUCACGGCCUCCCUGUUUUGCGUCGGGCCCCUGCCCUGCGCCCUCCUCCUGGCCCUGGGCUACCUGCUCUACGCCGUGGCCAUGACGCUGCUCACCGAGCGGGUGAAGCUGCACCAGCCCUGAAGGCCGGGCGGGACGCGGGGGCUGCUGCACACAGCCCGGCCCCUCCGUGGGCCCAGCAGGCACCCGGGCACGGCGCCCGAGGACUCACAGCCGAAGCAGCUCUCGAGGCCUCGUUUGUUGUUUCCUGGCUGAUUGGGGCUCCCACUGUGUGACACCCAGGCGCUAUGUGCUGCCUCAGGGCAGACGGUGCAGUGCGACCUCCGCUCUCCCUCGUGACCCCAGGACCGUGGAGAGGCGGCCGCGGCUUCCCCAGUCCCUGGUUGUAAACGCAGGUGCUGCCACCACACGCGACAAAACAAGGCGCGUCCCUGUCUUCCCCCGGCUGCCCCCAGGCUGGACCCGAGAGCCCCGUGCUGAGGCGGUGGAGCCCCCUGGGAGCAGAGGUGCCGACGGGUGCUGAGCUCAGGCCCCUCGUGGCCCCCGGGCCUGCGCAUGUCCCCCCUGCCGUGCCUGCCGCCGGCGCUGCCCCUCCCCAGGCAUUGGGGUACAGUCCACGGGUCAGCCCCGGCUUCCAGCCUGUGACCAAAGACAGGCACAAGCCGUGUCAUGUCCCCAAUAAAAUCAGGCGCCUAAAGACGGAGUCACCUUCGUUAAAACUUGAGCUUCCAGAACACAACAGUUACACAUUCACCCUCAAAACCAGCAACCGCGAGUCUCACUCCCCCUUGGCCCCACCAGAGAGAACAGUCUCUGCAACCGUCUCCAGCCGGCCUUGGUUUCUGACGCAUGUGGGAUGGUUGUUAAACGUUUUAAGUUUUGCAAAUCGUAAAUGUUAGGUUUUGUAUUUUGAAGUAAGGUGGCCUUUUUCCUAUGAGCAAAAAUCAAACGGACUUCUCGGCAGCCAGGACUCUGAAUAAACCCUGUCCCGGCUCCAGGCAGCGUCUGGCUGCAGGAUUUGUUCUCCGGGUCACGGGCCUGCGUGGGGUCCCCCAGGGAGCUCAGGAGCUGCAGGAACAGCUGCGGGGGCCCCACCGCCCCCUGCCCAGGGCCAGUGAACCUGGUGGUCGUCUCUGUUUUCCUCACCCAAAGGCCCGUGAGCUUCUGCAGCAGCAACAGAGCAGGCAGGUCUCAGCGAGACCCCUGCGGGGGGAGGCGGGGUCCCCGGGGUGCUUGGGCUGCAGGCUCCCUCCACAUGGCCUCGGCAGGCACGCGGCCUCUGCCCCCCGGGUCUGCCUGGAGCACUCGUUGCUUCUGAAGCUUUGCGCGUGCUGGGUCACGUCUGCAGCUGACGCCCUGCCUGCCCGCGCCCCAGGAAACCGCUCUUAAAUCUAACCCAUCCCUGCGGGUGGACCCCGUGUCAAUACAGCCUUCCAAGGAGGUGACUUCAUUCAGGAUGGGUCUGACCCUCUUACUGGAGUCAUUUAUAAACAAAAUGAAAUUUAAAGAGAAAUCCAGGGAAGCUCUAGGGAAGCAAGAAGCUGCAGUGAACCCAGAGGAGAAGGGGGAGGACGGCAGAUGCCGCCGUGUGCCCGGCCAUGUGGCAGGACAGCCCAGGAUCGCCAGCAGCCGGGCGUCAGGGAGAAAGCAUCGCCUGGUGAUGCCUUGGUUUGGACACUUUCUUGGUCUCAAAACAAUAAGCAAAAUAACUUCUUGUUGUUCAAGCUGAACAUUUCCUGGUAUCUGCUCUCAGCAGCCCUGGAAACGAGAACACAGCACACACAGCCGUGGGGAGCCGGGCCGCACUGCAGGAUGCCUGUGCGCCGCCCACCGGGACGGCUCGGAGGGAAACAGGCCCUGACGCAGCAGAAGCCGCCCUCCGGCUGGUGCCCGUGUGCCCCGAGACCUGCGGCCCACGACAGACAUGACGUCGUCGCCGUGUUUGACGGGGGGUGGGCACUGGGGCCCCAGACGCGCAGGGCAGCCCACCGUGGCCCUCAGCCGGGGGCAGGGGCGGCCUCCACGGACAGCAGCCGGGAGGGUUAAACGCCCCCCGUUCGCUUGGUAGGUCGGCUGCUUUCGGUCGUUUGCUGGGGAUGGGCUAUUAUUUCUGCAGGUUCUGACUGAUCUUUGUCUCAAGUCAAAAGCAGCAAAAUGAGCGUGUUUGGCCAGACAAGGUUCUGGGGUCCCCACGGCGCCCCUCAGUUUCCCCAACCGACUCUCCCGUGAGGGCACCGUGGCCCCCUGUGGCCCCCACGGCUCCUCCCCUCCGCACUCCCCACCCCCUCACCAGCACAUCCCCUGUGCUCUUUCUCCUUCACUGAAAACACUCGGGCCUCCGACACCUUCAAGAGCAAAACCAAACAAGAUGUCCCAUUUCAUCCCUCACCCGUUAACCGUGAAACAGCCGCCUGGGGCACCCAGCCUUGGCCAUGCUGGGACUCAGGAGCGCGUGUGGCAGAGGAAGGGGCUGGGGGUGGCCCAAGCAGCUGAUGCUGUACCCGGAGCCCUCCCGGCCCACUGCCUUUCUUGACAAACUCAUCUCAGGGGCAUCACGACCCCAAGCCCUGGUGCAACUGAGGCGGAGGCGGCUCAGACUCAGGCUCUGCUGGACAAGCCACCGGACAUACCACAGACAUGCUCACCCACAGGGCCGAAGGCAGGUGCCAGUCGUCCCCGAGGACCCUGUGGGGACCCGGCAGCAAGGCAGAACUCUUAGUCGCUCCCCCAAUUUGCCUGUGCCCCCCACCCCCUCAUGUACCCCUAACCGAGCCCACACCCAAGUGGCCACCUCCAGGGAGCCUGUCAACACCUGGCCACAGGUGCUGGGCAGCCAGGGAGAGCACAGCGGAUCGCACCACAUCCCCCUGGCCCUUGGGGGGACACUGGCCCCUCACCCCUAAGACCUCCUUGGGCACCUGAGGUCCUGUGCACGCCCCUCUCCACGGGUGCCUGGUCUGCCCCCGCGUCUGAACCCCUUCCUCUGCUUCCCUUUGCCCCACGAGGUGGAUGGUGGAGAGACAACUCCAGGCUCCACCCUCCACAGAAGCUUUAAACAAGAACUGGAAGGAACGCCUUUCCCAAAGCCCUGAAAACAGUUAAAGGGCUACGGCAACGAGGCGCACGUGGGACCCCAGCCAAAGCAAAAACAGCCACGGCACCUUGCCGGGCCUCCCCCGUCCCCUCUGGCUCCAAGGCAGGUCCCUGCUUAGGUUACUGGGCGCACGUAUGUCCACACCAGUUGGGGCAGCCCCACUGCAGGUUCACCAUCCCGAAAGUCACCCUGCACGCAGGUGGCUCACUGGACCCCACGGGACAGCCGAGCUCAGUUCCCCAGGGCAGAGGAUGGCGGGCUGUGGAGCGUAUAGUGCAGCACCCGGGACCACGAGAAAACCAUUUCCCAGGGGAACGGGGAUAUUUAAAUGUCCCAAGUUGCAACCAAGGAGUAGAAAACAUACAAAGAAAUAGGAAGUGACGGUUCAUGCAAAGGAACAAGAUAAAGAGUUAGAAACCAUCAGUGAGGAAGAUCAGAUCUUGGAAAUAUCGGACAAAGACUUCUAAGAUACCGUCCUAACCAGGACAUAGAAUGAGGCUAGAGAAUGGGUGGCUUAAUACGUGCAGAAUUUUUAACUAGGUUGAACUUUUGUGAUUUGCUAACUGCUUGUGAAAUCGUACAAUGAAAGUUAUCACUGUUGUGUAUACCUGUUAAAAUUCACAAUAAAAAAGAUUGGAAAAAAA